GACUGUUGCUAGUGGAAACAAUCCAAGAAAACAGUUCAAGGUGUACUAACUUCUCUCUCGGCUAAUGCUAAUUAAAAAACUACUUUAAAUACAUUCAGCUUCGUAGUCAUAGUUGAAUCAGGGGUUUGAAAAAAAUGAAGGGGGAACUUUGUGUUUCGUAGUAUCUGACAGGCCAGGUUAUGUGUCAAAUCAGCCUGGCACAGUAGCAGCACAGUCCAGCAGCAGUAAAACAUGCAAUGGCUGACUGAAAGAUAACCAGAGAUAAAGUUACUCAUCUUCGUGUUCUUCCUGAGGUAGUUCAGGGUGUAGAGGAGAGAUGCUGCUGGUAUUGGUGUCCCUGCUCUGCUGUGUCUGCUCAGCAGAGGCCUGUCUGCAGUGUGACCGCAAGAUCAGACUCCUCCAUGAGGACUUUGCCCUGUCUGCGCCCACUGUGGAUGACCAAAUAGAGCUGAAAAAGAUUUGUGACCAUGCCUAUGUGACCUACAGAGAGACCAGCAGGCAACGGAAGGGAGUCAUUGAUCCUACCACCCUGUAUAGAGCCAGAACUGAGUACCAGAUUGAGUUUGACCGCUUUUUGAAGACCCAGCAGACGGAAUCUGUGACAUUUGAAGCCAUUAUGAUCAUGGAGAAGGGCAGGAAGAUCCUGGAGAAACACUUGGACAUAUUCAUCCGUGAUGGAUUGUGCCCUAACAAGUGUGGGCUUUUGAGACGAAGAAUAAUGGAUUGCUUCUCAUGCCGCUACAAGAUGUACAUCUGUCCUUCUCCCUCUGGUCAGCAGGAUUGCGGGGAGUACCCAGUGCAGGCUGAGGAGGGAGGCCAGGCUGUGUUGAACUGUCUCUUGCCAUGGCAUCGUCUUCUGCUUGACAGAUCAGAGUAUCACUACUCAUGGGCUUCUGGUGUGCCAGGAACUAAAAAGGUCCCUCUGCCUUCACUUGUUCCCUCUUUGCUGAAUGAGAGUGACUUCAGCACCUUGGUGGUGACAGAUGACUCAACUGUGAUCUUAAAUCAGCUGCAUGUGAAUGAACAAGGAACAUAUUGCUGCUCUCUGCAAGGCCAAAAUGGGAUAAUCUUCUACAGAGUCACUUUCCUACUCACUGUUACCCCGUUGUCUGUCCAGACUCAUCGACCUGUCCUCACUUUGCCUACCCUGCCUCAUGGAGACAACUACUCACCUUUCCUACCUACUGAUGACCUACUGGUGCCAAUCAUUGCUAUGGUUACUGCUCUGAGUCUGGCAGCGAGCGUAGGCCUCACAGUUGUCCUGGGACUGAUGAUAAAGCAGAGGAAAGCCACGAAGAAGCCAUGAAGGAAGAAGAUUAAGUAAAAGAAACAUAAAAACAAUGUGUUAUGAUGCCCCUGUGUAAAAUAAAAACGUACUGAAAUGGUUCCAUUCACUUUGUGUUGGAACAAGCCUCUCAGUUGCGCAAUAAAUUUCCCAGAAUGAAGUGCAAA